CUGAUGACAUUCGUCGCUGAGGAACGCAAGCGCUGUACAGUUUAUCCCCCCCAGCAUCAGGUCUUCACUUGGACCCAGCUGUGUGACAUCCGCGAUGUGAAAGUUGUCAUUCUGGGCCAAGAUCCCUAUCACGGGCCCAAUCAGGCUCAUGGGCUCUGCUUCAGCGUCCAGAGACCGGUUCCCCCUCCACCCAGCCUGGAGAACAUUUACAAAGAGCUUGCUGCGGAUAUAGAAGGCUUUUCUCAUCCUGGCCAUGGAGAUUUGACUGGAUGGGCUAAACAAGGUGUGCUGCUGCUUAAUGCUGUGCUCACCGUCCGAGCUCAUCAAGCCAAUUCCCACAGAGAGAGGGGCUGGGAGCCAUUCACGGACGCCGUGGUCUCCUGGCUGAACGAGAACCUGGAUGGUCUGGUCUUCAUGCUGUGGGGAGCUUAUGCUCAGAAGAAGGGCAGCUCCAUUGACAGGAAACGGCACCACGUCCUGCAGACAGCGCAUCCCUCGCCCCUCUCGGUGCACAGGGGUUUCUUUGGCUGUAAGCAUUUCUCCAAAACGAACGAACUCCUGAAGAAAUCCGGGAAGCAGCUGAUCGACUGGAAGGCCCUGUGAGGAUCCUGCAACUCCCCCGAGACCACAUUUUUUUGUCCCUAUCAAGCUGGAGAGCCUUUGCGGAAACGUUCUUGGACGGGUUUCUUUGAACUGAUCUAAACAGUAUUCUUUUCACUUUUAAUUCAGGGGUAGCCUGAGCCAAGGUGUCCACUCCAAGUAUAUAUAUAUUUUUAAUUUUGGAGCAAAUGGAGAUUAGCCAAGAAGCACUGCCAUGUUUUUCUUCGAGUUCUUCAUCACUGCCAAUAACUUUGUGCCAAUCUGUUAUUUGGAAUAACGACCCCGGGGGGUUUUUUGUUCUUCCUUCCUCUUUCCUAUGCUCCUCGGAGGAAAAUGGAAAUAUUGACCGACAACAAAGGUGCCUUUUUUUGUUCCGCCUCUGCUGAAGAAUUCAUUCAGCAAGCUGCUUAUUUCAUCCAACCCUUGGUGCCUUAUCUAAUUGCCCCAACUUGUCCUUUUUGUUUUUAAAUCUGCCAACGACUGAAGACUUUCAGGAGGUUGCUAUGAAAAAUAACUUUUUAGUAUUUUGACUUGCAGGAAGUGGACCAACGGUUUGAAAGUAUUCCCCUCUUGGGACCAGAUUUUUUUUUUAAAAAGUGUUGCCAGAAUUCUGUGGGAGAUGUUACUUAAGUAGAACCGAAAGGAGAGCUGCAGUUGGCCAAAAAUUACAGGCCGAAAGUUUCCUAGGAAGCCAGUUUGUGUUCAGACGAGGGCCGAUAGGCAUCGCACUUAGGGUGCAGCCAGCCCUCCAUCCCGUGCAGAAAGAGAGCCGGUUCUGGCGCCAGCCUCAGGGACCUCCCUUCUGCCAAACUCAGGUGCCUUCUUGGUGCUUCCCUAGCCCAGGUGCGCCAGGGGCCAAGCGUCUCGGUUACAGGUUAUUCCUACAGGUGCUGAACUCCAUCCACUUCUGUUCGUGAGAAGAAGCGUUUGCGUUUCCUAGUCUUCUAUGCAGAUUGCGUACGGAGACCUUCCAGCUGGUAUAUUUUAUAAUACCAAUUUUAAGAGAGUCCUUAAAAAAGAAAAAAAACACCCCGAAAUCUUUCCUGUAACACUACGUUGACUUGUUCCAAGGUUUUCAAAUAAAUUGUUCUGGUGUU